AUGGCUAAUACUAAAAAACCAGAAUUAAAAGAACCAGGUCCAUCGGAUAAUCAAUUAAUUGAUUUUAAAAAAUCACAUAAAACUGAACAAUUAACAACUGGUUAUGGUCGUCCACUUGGCGAACGAUCUACUGUAAUAACAGUUGGCCCUCGAGGACCCUUAUUACUUUCAGAUUUUCCUUACAUUGAAGACACACAACGUUUCGAUCGCGAACGAAUUCCAGAACGUGUUGUUCAUGCAAAAGGUGGUGGUGCUUUCGGUGUAUUUGAAGCAACAGAUGACAUAUCAGAUAUUUGCAAAGCUCAAGUAUUCAAACGGGGCACAAAAACACGUGUUUUAGCACGCUUCUCUACAGUUGCCGGUGAAAGUGGUUCAGCUGAUACAGUACGUGAUCCACGUGGUUUUGCAAUUAAAAUGUAUACAGAUGAAGGUAUCUGGGAUUUAGUUGCAAAUAAUACUCCAAUAUUUUUUGUUCGUGAUCCAUUUUUAUUUCAAAUGUUUAUUCAUUCACAAAAACGUAAUCCUCAAACACAUUUAAAAGAUCCAAAUAUGGUUUGGGAUUUUUUUGCAAAUCACCCACAAGCAACACAUCAAUUUCUUUUUCUUUAUUCUGAUCGUGGUGUACCUGAUGGUUUCCGUCAUAUGCAUGGUUAUGGUUCACAUACAUUCAAAAUGGUUAAUGAUAAAGAUGAAUUUGUUUGGGUUAAAUUUCAUUUUCGAUGUGAUCAAGGUAUUAAAAAUAUUGAACCAACUAAAUCCAAAAUUUUAGCUGGUGAACAACCAGAUUAUGCUCUUGCUGAUCUUUAUAAUGCAAUUGCAAAAAAAGAUUAUCCAAGUUGGACACUUUAUAUUCAAGUUAUGACUCAUGAACAAGCACAAAAAUUAGAUUUCAAUCCAUUUGAUUUAACAAAAGUUAUUUCACAAAAAGAAUUUCCAUUACGUCGUGUUGGUAAAAUGACAUUAAAUGAAAAUCACGAAAAUUAUUUUGCACAAAUUGAACAAGCUGCUUUUUCACCUUCACAUAUGCCACCUGGUAUUGAAGCAUCACCAGAUAAAAUGUUACAAGGUCGUCUUUUUUCAUACGGUGAUACACACCUUCAUCGUCUUGGAACAAAUUAUCUUCAUAUACCAGUUAAUCAACCUGAAACUAAUAAAAAUGUUAAAGUUUGUACCUAUCAACGUGAUGGACAAAUGCAAGUGUCAGAUAAUCACGGUGGACGUCCAAAUUAUUAUAAAAAUUCAAUGCAUGGACCUGAUGUAACAAAUCGUGAAAGACAUCUCGAACAUGCAACAUUUGAAUCGGGUAUGGCUGCAAGACAUGAAGCUGGUGGUGAUGAUAAUUUUUCACAACCAAGAAUCUUUUAUCAAAAAGUAUUGGAUGAUCGUGGCCGUGCACAUUUAAUACAAAACAUCGUUGAACAUUUACAACAAUGUACCGAUAAAGAUAUAAUCUAUCGUUCAGUUGCUGUUUUAGCAAAUGUUGAUGAUGAUUUCGGUAAACAAUUAGCAACAAAACUGAAUGUUGAUUUACCAAAAAAACAACGUUCAUUAUUGACACCUAAUAUUGGUGUUAAUUCUACAAAUGAAUGUAAUAGUACACCAUAUAAACGACGUCAACAAACCAAUCAAGCUCUGGAAGCAUUAGGUCAUCUUGUUAAAGAUCCUAUUGUCGAUGAUGUUGACAAUAAACUAAAUAAAAAUGACGUACUUAGUUUAACAUUGGCUCGUCUACUUCGACAUAAAUAUUGGCCUUCGAAUUUAUCUAAUAAAAAUGUUCAAUAUGCAGCUAAUAUUGAUAGUACAUCUACAGCUAAUGAUCUCAAUGGUUUUAUUAUUGUACUUAAUACACAAGGUCGAAUAAUCUUAUUGAGUGAUAAUGUUGAACAUUAUUUACGUAAAAAUGUUCGUUCUCUCUAUCCUCAAUUGACAAGUAUAUACGAAUGUGUAAGUAGCGAUGAUCAUGAACCAAUUCAUCAACUUCUUUCAAACCCAACUAAUAUGGAACAACAUGUUCUCUGUACUUGGAAUUUACCACGUGGAAAACGACCAAGUCGAACUCAUACUGAAUCAAGAUCAAUGUUAAUGACGGGUCAUUUCUUUUUUAUUAAUCAUGAGGAGAAUACAGAGCAACAAGAACCAUUAUUUAUUGCUCGAUGCGAACAUAUUCUUUCAAGUACACCAAAUAUUCCAACAAAUAGUCUUGGUUUAACAAGCCCAACAAUACUUCGUUUUGUACUUAAUGAUCAAUUACACAUUAGUGAAAUAUCAUCGAAUACUGAAGCACUAUUGGGUUAUGAGGCAGGAGAACUCAUUGAUCAAUCAAUUAAACGUUUUAUGGCUACGGAAAAUUUAAAUGCAUUAGAACAAGCACGACAAAAUUGCAUCUUAGGCCAACAUUAUACAACAAUGAAUGUAUUUGAUUUAUAUACACGUAAUGGUGAUCGGCUUAGUUUUCUUUGUAAUACUCAUAUGUUAAUCGAAGGUCGACGUAAAGUUGUUAAACUUGGAUUUUUAGCACAACUAAUUGACCCAUCAAUUCAACAUCAAUGUGCUUUAUAUGCAAAUAAACAAAAUCUUGAAAGAUUAAAACAUACUACACAACCAGGAUCAAUGUAUGUGUCGAAUUUAAAUACAUCAGGAACAACAAAUAUUUUAUUAUCAAAUAAUAAUGAGCAAUGUUUAAACUUAAAUAAUAUUCCAUCAGUCUGCCCGGCUGUUACUAUACCUCAACGACGAAAACGACGACGUAUGAAUCCUCAAACUAUUAAAAGUGAGCCAAUGAGUGUUAUUGAUCAAGCUCCAUAUACUCCUCAAAUAAUUAAUGAUUUAAACGAAUCACAAACAAUUUUCUUGGAUAGUUUUAUAUCAUCAUCAUCAAUAUCAUCAUCAUUAUCGGCAUCACCAAUACAAGAACUUGAUUAUAAAGAUGAACUGUUUCCAAAUCCGGAUGACUUAUUUCAUGACGAUAAAAUUAAAUUAAUUCAGGAUUUUCCUUCAAUUGAUGAUGUUAAUGAUAUAUUUGGUAUAAACAAUAACCAACAAUUCUGUCUAUUUACUCCAACUUUUACAACGUUAAGCUUUUUUGCUUAA